UGCAGACAGUUGGCAACUUCUGCACACUGUGUGCUUCAGCAAACACUGACCCUGCUCAUUUGUUGUGGCCUACCACUUUGUGGCUGAGUUGCUGUUGUUCCCAGUUGCUUCCACUUUGUUAUACCAUUAACAGUUGACUGUGGAAUAUUUAUUAGCAAGGAAAUUUCAUGGAUGGACUUACUGCGCAGGUGGAAACCUAUCACUGUACCACACUUGAAUUCACUGAGCUCCUGUGAGCGACCCAUUCUUUCACAAAUGUUUGUGGAAGUAGUCUGCAUGCCUAGGUGCUUGAUUUUAUACACCUGUGGCCAUGGAGGUGAUUGGAACACCUGAAUCCAGUGAUUUGGAGGGAUAUCCCAAUACUUUUGGCAAUAUAGUGUAGGUUCAGCUACAU